GAAACAAUCAUGCCUCCGCUUAACAAUUGCAACGGCAACAAUUGCGGAGACAUCAUUUGUUCCCUCUCGGCACAAUCGCCUCUUUCACCUGGAACGGACCUGACCCAGGCAGUUGGAGGAGUAUCUGGUGGUACUGGAGGGAGUAGUGGUGGCAAACCGCGGUUUAGCUGUCCACAUUACGCGCAAAAAAUGCUGCUUAAUCUGAACGCACUGCGGCUUGAUUCACGGUUCUGUGACGUUGAGAUUAGGGUAGGCGACGCUACAUCCGUCCACGCCCAUCGGGCCGUGCUGAGCGCAAGUUCCGCAUACUUCGAAGCCAUGUUCCGGCCAGAACUGGGACUGAGCGAGGGCAAACAGAAAACUGUUACCUUGCACUCGAUACGGGCCGACAUCUUGGAGCUCUUGGUCGAAUUUAUCUACACUGGACAAAUCGAAAUUGAGCAGAGCAACGUACAGGAACUGCUGGCCGCUGCUGAUAUGUUGCAGGUGCCGGAGGUUGUGGACGGGUGCUGCGAAUAUCUUUGCCGGGAACUACACUCAUCGAAUGCUCUUGGCAUACUGAGAUUCGCGGAGGCACACAACUGUCGCCAGCUUGCCGAAGUGGCAGCUAACUUCGUCCACAGCAACUUCCCAAAGGUCGCGCUCGAGGACGAACUGCUCGACAUUCCAUAUACACUGCUGGUGAAGGUGAUCGCUUCCGAGGCACUGCGGGUUGAUAGCGAGUACCAGGUUUUCAAUGCAGCCCUACGCUGGAUACGGCACGACGUCGUACCGAGACGUCAGUACGUGUUUGAGAUCCUAUCGCACGUACGCAUCGCGCUGGUGCCAGUCGGAUUAAUCGAUCAGGCAAUCGCCGAAUGUCGGGAUGUAUCGCUAAAGAUUGCAUUACGCUCGGUACGCAAAGAUUUGACAUCCCGCCGCGGACAGUUGGUGCCGUUGCGUGUCUGUCCACGUGUUUGUGCAAAGAAAAGCAUCUACGUAAUCGGUGGCUCCAGGCGUGAACAGUCGGCCGGAUGGACGCCAACCGAUUGGAUCUUUGAGUCCGUCAUUAAGUAUGACAUCUUUCGGCGCGAAUGGAUUGAAUCGGCUCCGAUGGAGAUCGGUCGUAUACUGCCAGGCGUUGCAGCACUUGGUGGUAAAAUUUAUGUGAUUGGCGGUGAGCGCGGCAGUCAGAUCCUGGCGAACGGGGAAGUUUACGAUACACAGAACAAUAACUGGGAACCGAUGGCACCGAUGAAUGUGCCGCGUUGCGAAUUUGGCCUGUGUACGCUCGGUGGCACACUGUACGCGAUGGGGGGCUGGAUCGGGGAGGACAUUGGAGGCUCGAUCGAGUGUUAUGAUCCGAUGAAAAAUGCCUGGCGCAUGGUGGGUGACCUUCCGGAGCCGAAAUUUAGUAUGGGCGUCGUAAGCUUUGAAGGAUUAAUAUAUAUUGUCGGUGGCUGUAAUACUCACUCGCGUUAUCUAACUGAUUUGAUUAGCUACAACCCGGUUACGAACGAAUGGACAAAGCUCGCUUGUAUGCAAACAGCUCGCUGCCAGAUGGGUGUCGCUAUCCUAGAUCGACAUCUGUACGUUGUCGGUGGCAACAGCAGUCAGCAGGAAAUUUUACGCACUGUUGAGCGGUACAGCUUCGACGAGGACAAAUGGUCCAUGGUAUCGCCUAUGACGGUGAGGCGUUCAAGUCCAGCUGUGGCAGCGGCUGACGGUUUGCUGUAUGUAGCAGGUGGCGAUCAACCGUGCGAAAUCAACUUCUACCGGGCGCAGAUCACUAUUGCAUCGUUCGAAUGUUACGAUCCCAUCACGGACCAGUGGAAAGUAUGCCCGGACUUGCCAACCAGCCGUUCCGAAGCGGGUGCGGUCGUUGUGUAAAAGAA